AUGACAUCACCGAUGCAAGCCCGCACAGACCAGCGGAAGAUGGCUGGGAAGCGCUCAUACGACAUCGGAGCAGCAAAUGAGAUGCGGAGUCUGAUAUUGCGUCGUCCAGGGGAUGCCGGUGAGGGGAAGCUGCAACAAAACUGGGAAGCUCGGCACUGGUUCACUCUACGAGCUACAAUUGCCGCCCAGUCCUUCUAUGCUGCCCCAGUAGCCCGGCGCACGACUCAAUUGCUGGGUCGCCGAUUCUAUGCCAGUGGAAAGGGACACGAUGAGCACAAGACUAGCGAUCUCCCAUGGCUUCUAGGAUCGGUUGUAGUGACGGGCCCUAUGGUCUUCUACCUUCUUAAAUCAGGCCCUGAGAAGAAGCCCCAUGGUGACGGCCACGGAGAUGAGCAAAGCACUGAGCAUGCGGGGCAUAAAGAGAAGGAUCAAGGCUCCGAUCAAGCAGAAGAGGCCAAGCAGCCUGCCGAGUCAGAAACUGAUGAUGACAAGGAGCCUGACAAUUCAUCCGAGGAACCGGAGAAAUCAGACAAAUCCCAGGAAGAGGACGAGGAAGUCCAGGCCGCCAAGAAGAAGGACGGAGAAGAGAAGAAGGGUGAAAAGCCAGCGAAAAAAGAUGCUGGAGCCGACGAGUCUUCUGGUGACAAGUCCGAAGGAAAAUCCUCCGAUCAAAAGGAUAGUACCAAGGCCGAUUCAAAGAACACCGACGACAAGGAAUCCAACAAGAGUGACACCAGUGACGGGAACGACACUGCCAAGGGAAAUGAAUCUACCUCUUCUUAG